AGUUAUGGAUAAUCAGAACUUUCAUUUCUACUUGGAUUCAGCUCUGGAAGUGAAGGAGCUCGUCAGGGAUUUUUACUUGAGGCGUUAUUGUUCGUGCUUCAGACACCUUGAUAACUUGAGAGAAUGGCUGUUGGCUGACAUAUAUUUCUUCAAUCACUACGAGACACUGUAUAAUAAAAUCAGAAACAGAGCACUUAUUGUCUACACCGAGCCCUUUGUGGCAGUUGGUUUGCAGAGAGUGGCUGUUGUUUUUGGUACAAACAUUGAAGCUAUUGAGAAGCAGCUCCUGGCUUUAAUAAACACAAACCAAAUUCAGGCCGAUGUUGACUCCAUCAAUAAAGUUGUACAUUUCCCAAGACAUGAAGGAAAUGGAAGUUUCCCACAGGGUUUGCAGAGUAGUGUGGCUGAAUUUGAUCAGGUACAUUCUGUUGUUAAACACAUACUUUAUUCGUAAUGGAACUUGUAUUAUAGUAUAUCAUAAACAAGAAACGCUAUAUGUUCUUUACUAUACAUCUGAUGGGUAAGGCUGUUAAUUCUUUU